AUGAGUAGAAUAAUAACAAGCGAGAGUGAUACUGAUAAUGAUGAUUCUUCCAGAUCUACUACAAUCUCUCAACUUUCUAGAUCAGAAUCUAUUAGAGAUGGUACUCAUCAAUUAAGUAUUAUCGAUAAUUCUCCUUCUCUUACUAUGGAACGGAAAUUAGAGCAUUAUACAAGAAAACUUUCACAAGUUGGCCUAGGUGGUGAGAAAGAAGACAGUUCCUUAAGUUCAGAUAGUGAACUUAUUACAAGUAACCCUCAAAUUUUACCAAAUGAUGAAAAAUCCUUAGAGAAAAUAAAAAUUAAGUUUAUACCUAUUGGAUCAAUUGCUGGAAUGGUACCCUCUGUGUUUAAAAUAUCACAGGGACAACCAUUUUCAAUGAUUCUAGCAUUUCUUAAGAAGAAAUUAAAAAUACAGAAUAUUUAUUGCUAUAUCAAUAACUCAUUUGCACCGAGUCCACAACAGAUAAUAGGAGAUUUAUGGCAACAAUUUAAGGUUAAUGAUGAAUUAAUAGUUAGUUAUUGUGGUUCCGUAGCAUUUGGUUAA